GAAAGUAUACAAUGUCACAACGAUUGGUUUCCAGCUAUCGCUUUAUUUUUGGGAUUGUAGUUGUUUGUCUAUCCUCAUACUUCAUUUAUCUAUCUUAUAGUCCUCCUGCUAUUUCGAAACUUGUGUUGCAUGAAGAUUACACGGAGAACCAAACAGUGAACUUGACAUACAAUCAUCUGUUUUGUGAAAACAUCUUGUUCAAUUUGAGCAAUGGUCAGUGGGUGAAAAAGAUCUAUAGUUAUAAUGUAAGUGAGCAAGAAUAUGAGAAAUUACUGAAUGAAGAAAAAAAAUUGGAUUCCUAUUUAGCUGAAUUUCGCAUUAAACGAGGAAUACAUACACGAUUAUGGAGAGAUGAUAACAAGUGUGGAUUUAAUAAUGUUCAGUCAAAGCCGGAAGGAAAUGCGUGGGCAGCUCCAGCUGGAAGUUGGUGCGAUGCAAAAAGUAAAAAACCCUGUUGCAGCGACAUAUAUGAUGGUCAAUGUGGGAACAUUUGUGACUGCCCCAGUUGCGUCGAUACCAGGAAGAUAUAUCACGCUGAAAUAAGUGAUUGGAUUCCAUUUGAUUCUUCAUGUCGACGAAGGAACUACACAGCAGCCCAAGCUUGUGAAGUUGUCAAUCGAUUCUCUCAAAUAUAUUUUGUUGGUGAUUCUUUUGUGAGAAAAAUGUCACGAGGUUUUUUUUGACCCUAAGGUCCGAUCCAACGUAUGGAUUUUUACUGGAACGCUACGAUGAUAAGUUCAAAAAAUUAUGUGUAAGUGUUGAUCAAUUCUACUGGACAGAAUGCAGAACAGGUGGUGGAAAUAUACUAGACAUGCUCGUUGACAAAACUCCGUUCUGUGGACCUCGUACGCCACUUAUUAGUAUAAAUGAAUAUGCAAAUCACGCUUCUGCAAAUGACUUUUUAAGUUUGGUGAAAAAGUUGGCAGGAAAAGUUGGUUCAGUUAUUCUACUUGGUCAGGGUGGACACGACGGCUGUAAAUCCAAAGUGACGAUUAACAAGUUUUUAAGUGCAGCAAUCAAUUAUUUGGAAGACUAUUACAAGAAUUCUGACAAAAUUAAUACUCAGUUCGGAAAUUUUAUAAAGGUGAGGCGAUGGCCACAUAUCAUUUUUAUGUACCCUGACUCCAAUGGAAUAUUAAAACCAAAAGCAUAUCAUGCGGCAAACGGUAAUAUUGUUUGUAAACAAUUUUCUAGGGAAAUGAAAGUGUAUUGCGAUGCUCAUAAUAUUCCUGUACUCGAUUUUUACAGUCUUACAUCAGGAGUUUAUAGUUAUGAUGGAGCACAUCACGGUCUAGGAGCAAAUAUUAUGAAAGUACAACUUUUACUCAAUUACCUUGAUUACAUAUCACAGUUGAACAAUUGAACUACGUAUCUUGUAAUAUAUUAAUUUGUAUGAUCAUAAUAUUUGAUUAUAGUCUUUUUGUCUGCCUUUUUUGAGAGGAUACUCCGUGUUUUGGGUCUAGGUAUUGACUCUUUAUCAAUACGUUUAUGCAAUGUACAAUGAGUACUUCAAAAGCUGUGCCAAUUUGGUAUUGUGUACUGAAGUGAACCACCUUAUUAUAAGGUCUGUACACUCAUUUGUACAUAUUUUGUAGAAAAUUGUGUUUCAAUUAGAUUUUCUGAAAAACUAUUUUAAUAUUGUUGUCAGUGACACGUUUACCAACUUGCUUUGCGCAUCUGAUGAAUAAAACAUAACAGCAUAGUUAACACAUUCAUCAGCUGUUAAACUAUUACGUCGGUGUAAAGUAUGUAUAGCAUCCCAUUUAUGUGUCUCUAAUUUUUUCAGGAAAUUCAGAAAAAUCUUUUCUGUGUACACACGUACACAUACAUACAGAUGUAUAAAUAUGUAUAUAUAUAGACAAUAACAGACUCAAAAAAUCUUAUCAACGCUCCUAAAAAAUUUGGUAAAACUUGUAAUAUGAUGAAUAAGAUUCGUUUUUAUAUCAUGCUGUUACUGAACAUGUUGCUGUAUCUGUAGUAACGCGUUCAUACUCAUGUUGCUGUUUUCCUGCCUGUGUGUCUAAUUUCCUGUCACCGGAUACGCACCGUGGCCUAUUUUCGAAUCACCCGUAAUCUAAUCACGCUUAUUUACAAGCAAUUGUACAUAUUAUAUCUGUUUUUUAUAUUAUGUUGUUUUAAUAAACGCAAAAGUAUGUCAUA